GUAUCUUCUUGAUUAACGAUUGCAAUGGGAGAGCCCAGAACGCUGGGGUGGGUGCUGGGUUCCUGGGUCCAGAGCCACAUCCCCAUCCCUGGCACACAGGCCUGGGUAGAUGCCCGGCCACUUCUGCUUUCACCGGCUCUCAAAGGCCUAGGCCUGGGGUGCCUCUGCGGUCGCCUGCUUGCACACGCCCGGGAGCUAGACGCCUCUCGCUUCUUGCACUGCACUCCGGGGAGGCUGGAUUUUAAUCACACAAACAGUGUCCGGCUUCCUGUCCUCGUCCGCCCCCCCCCCUCCGGCCCGCUUCUCUGGCCCCUCCCUCUCCCCUGGACCGAUCCGCCCACCAGCUCCCCCUCCCCAUCCCUUGGGUCCCGGGAUGGGGGGGCGGUGAGGCAGGCACAGCCCCCCGCCCCCAUGGCCGCCCGUCGGAGCCAGAGGCGGAGGGGGCGCCGGGGGGAGCCGGGCACCGCCCUGCUGGCCCCGCUGGUGCUGAGCCUGGGCCUGGCGCUGGCCUGCCUUGGCCUCCUGCUGGUCAUGGUCAGCCUGGGGAGCUGGGCAACGCUGUCUGCCCAGCAGGAGCCUUCUCAGGAGGAGCUGACAGCAGAGGACCACCAGGAGCCCCCUGAACUGAAUCCCCAGACAGAGGGAAGUCGGGAUGCGGUGGUGCCUUUCCUGGACCGACUAGUGCGGCCUCGAAGAAGUGCUCCUAAAAGCCGGAAAGUACGGGCUCGCAGAGCUAUCGCCGCUCAUUAUGAAGUUCAUCCACGGCCAGGACAGGAUGGAGCGCAGGCAGGUAUGGAUGGGACAGUGAGUGGCUGGGAAGAGGCCAAAAUCAACAGCUCCAGCCCUCUGCGCUAUGACCGCCAGAUUGGGGAAUUCACAGUCGUCAGGGCGGGGCUCUACUACCUAUACUGUCAGGUGCACUUUGAUGAGGGGAAGGCUGUCUAUCUGAAGCUGGACUUGCUGGUGAAUGACGUGCUGGCCUUGCGCUGCCUGGAGGAGUUCUCAGCCACAGCAGCCAGCUCUCCUGGGCCCCAGCUUCGUCUGUGCCAGGUCUCCGGGCUGCUGCCCCUGCGGCUAGGGUCUUCCCUGCGGAUCCGCACGCUCCCCUGGGCUCAUCUUAAGGCUGCCCCCUUCCUUACCUACUUUGGACUCUUUCAAGUUCACUGAGGGGUCCUGCUCUCCCAGACUCCCUAAACUUUACCCAGACAGCUCCCAGAGCACCCGACCCCUAACUCUGAGCUGCUCCAGUCAAGUCCUCUCCUUUGAAGGCACCACCCCAUCCCAUCCCAACUGCCCACCUCACGAAGCCCCACCUUUCCCUGAUUCCCUGGCCCCAGCCCCCAGGACACUGUAUUUACUGACUGUGUGCAUUGGGCACUGAGAUGGGCUGGACCUGGUGGCAGGAAGCCAAGGAGCCUGGGACUAGGCCAGAAGUUCCCAAAUGUGAGGGGUAAGAGCCUUUGACAAGCUCCUCCCCGGAUCCCUGUGGAUUUUGAAAAGAUACUAUUUUUAUUAUUAUUGUGACAAAAUGUUAAAUGGAUAUUAAAACAAAUAAAUCAUGAUUUCUCUCUUCUU